UCAGCUAGGGUUUCGAGAUGCUGGAUUGUCCAACGACGCUCGUCUCUGAUAGUUUAGUCCUCUCGAAAUGGAAUCCGACGAAGACACACCGAUCGUACUCAACAACAGCAAUCCGCGAAAGAGGCAACGUUCUCCGACCGAACGCAAUGGGACGCUGCUGAAUCUGGAUGUAACAGACUGUCCCAUUUGCUUUCAUCCUCUCACCAUCCCCAUCUUCCAGGGUGAGAAUGGUCAUAUAGCAUGCUCUACUUGCCUCCAAGCGUUGAGCCAAAAGUGUGCAACAUGCACCUUACCAACUCUUUCCCGCAACAGAGCUAUGGAGCGGGUUCUUUACCUACUUAGAGUUCCAUGUCCGAAUCCUCGUUGCUCCGAGACUUUCGCUUUUACUGAAACAUCAGCGCAUGUAAACCACUGUGCUUACACCCUCCGUCCUUGCCCUUUUAGCGGCUGCGGCGUUAGUUGCUCCUUCAAAGAUUUAUAUGAACACUGCGUCUGCGGUAUGCUGAAACACUGCAAGUCCUCACGCAUGUUUGAAUGUGGGACGCAUGUGUUUAUCCACCCCUUAAGUGGUGAGAGGGUUAUUCUCAAGGAACAAACCACAGAUGGAGAAGGAGAAGUUGUGGUUGUGGAGUGUUUCGACACACCACAAGGUCGACUCUUCCAUGCUUGCUAUAUUGGACCAGGAACAGACAAGUUCUCCUACCAACUGAAGCUAUCUUUAGCUUCCGGUGAUGACUUGUUGUUUAACUCAGACCUUCAAAGAGUCCGUGAAGUGAGCAAUGAACCACCAUGUGCACGUUUUAUGUUGGUUCCUUCAUGUAUGUUGCCUUACCGCGAGUGUUACAUAUGCAUCAAGCGGAAGACUAACUAGGAUUUCAUCACUCAUCAGCCACGCUGAUGCUCUUAGGUCUUAACUACUGUAUGUUUUGUAGGAGACGUAAAAUUGGCCUAUCAUGUUUGUACUCUAAUCGCUAUCUAAUGUGUGACAUUGGUCUAAGUGCAAGUUGUGUAAUAUUGGAUUUUGUGUCCUGUAACAAACGUUUAUCUAAUGCGAUCAAAAUAGAAAUUUAGCGUCUCA